GGCUUCCGGCGUAGAAGGCGGUGCUUCCGGGCGGGCAGCCGGGCCGAGGGAGGAGGGUCUGACAGUUGGCGCCGCCGGGAGGGAGGGCGGGCGGCGCGAGUGGGCGCGGGCCCGAGGGCCAGAAUGGGGGUCAGAAUCUGACUACAGCAUCCACUUUGAUUGGCGUGAGAAUUCAGCUCGUGCAUGACGGAGUCCCUAGUACAGCACCUGGCACACUGCUCACUUCGUUGUUAUUAAAGCUCUGGAGAUGGGCUUUUGAUGGAGAAAGGAAAUUGAAUUCAGCAGGGAAUUCUGCAACUGGAGGGGGAGGACACCAGUCCUUAAAGGCUUCUGGCUCCCGGGAGCAGCAUCAGGGCCAAGGAGACAAUGGUCUCAGUGACUAUGGCCACUUCCGAGUGGAUCCAGUUUUUUAAGGAGGCCGGAAUUCCUCCAGGGCCUGCUGUCAAUUACGCUGUGAUGUUUGUGGAUAAUAGGAUCCAGAAGAGCAUGCUGCUGGAUCUCAACAAGGAAAUCAUGAAUGAACUGGGUGUGACUGUGGUGGGUGACAUCAUCGCCAUCCUUAAGCAUGCCAAGGUGGUGCACCGCCAGGACAUGUGCAAAGCUGCCACUGAGUCAGUGCCCUGCAGCUCCAGCCCCUUCCCAGGCGAGAGUCGCCGAGGCACCUCUAGUGCCGCCUCCCGAAUGAUUGCCAACAGCCUGAACCGUGAUUCUCCACCUGGCACUCCCCCCAGGCGGCCAGACACCAGCACCUCCAAGAUUUCAGUCACUGUGUCCAACAAAAUGGCAGCAAAGAAUACCAAGGCUGCUGCAGCCCUGGCCCGCCGGGAGGAGGAGAGCUUGGCUGUUCCCACCAAGCGGCGCCGGGUCACUGCUGAGAUGGAAGGGAAAUACAUCAUCAACAUGCCCAAAGGCACCACCCCCCGGACCCGCAAGAUUCUGGAGCAGCAGCAGGCUGCAAAAGGUCUCCACAGGACAUCCGUGUUUGACCGCCUGGGCGCCGAGAUCAAGGCAGACACUACGACGGGGAAUAAACCCACGGGAGUCUUCAGCCGUCUGGGGGCCACCCCAGAGAUGGACGAGGAUCUAGCUUGGGACAGUGAUAAUGACAGCAGCAGCUCUGUCCUGCAGUACGCCGGGGUCCUGAAGAAGCUAGGCCGAGGCCCAGCCAAGGCCAGUCCCCAGAUGGCACUGACUGUCAAAGCCAUGGCCACAAGCUCAGCAACAACGGCCGCUGCCCCAACGCUGCGGCGUCUGGCCCUGUCCUCACGCCCUGGGCUCGAGAGGAAGCCAGAGUCCUUGUCCAAAGGCAGCAUCAUCCAGAGACUGGGCAAAGCUGCCCUUGCGUCCGAGGCCCAGGACAGCCAGGUCACGAGCACCAAGAGUAAGUCCUCGGCUGAGGUCAAGGUCACCAUUAAGAGGACUCUGGUGGGGCCCCGGGGGAGCAGCUCCAGCGAGGGCCUUGGUGCCCAGAUGGACCAUGCGGGCACUGUGAGCGUGUUCAAAAGACUGGGCCGCAGGACCUUCUAGCCCACAGGCGGGGUGCAGGCCCCUCUCCAGGCUUCUGGCUCCAUCAGAGUCUUCAGCGAGGGCAGGCCCACCCUCUCUGCCGGCUUCCGGAUGACACUGCUUGUCUCCCCAGGCAUUCAAGCCGGCCUCAGUUUCUCUGAGUCCAAGAUGGUCGUUGUGGCCUGGCCUUGCUGCACUAGGACUUUCUGUCCUCUUGUGUCCUUUGUUCUCUCCUCUGACUGUGGCCUUGGCAGGACCAACUUUUCUACCUCCCCCAAGUGCCAAGUGCCCUUUUCCUCACCUGCAUUCCCCUCCCUCCCUCUCAGCAGCUCCUGCUGCCUCAGACGCCAGCUCCUCAGCCUCUCGGAGUGGGUGUCACCCGGAGGGGCUCCUUUACCCUCACCCUGCUGACCUCCCCCCGCCCUCCCCUCGCUCCUCUGCCCCUCCUCCCACUACUUCAGCCUCUCUCUCCCUCUCUUCACUUGUUCAUUUCUUUUCUGUUUUCUGUCCCUGUGGCAAGGCCCGACUGUCCGCUGCGUCCUGCCCGACCCUCCUGCACCUCCGGCCUCCCAGCGGCCCCCUCGUCGACGGUGGCGUCGAGCCUGUAGAGACUGUUAGCCGCUCUCACUCCCAGGCUGCAGGGACCUCCCCAGACCCUGGCUGCAGUGAGGGCACCUCCGUUUUCCUGCCCUGGGCAUCUUUUCCUCUGAAAGCUCAUGGCGGGUGGCGGGCAUGGGGCUCUGGGAAGGAAAGCCAGUGCUGAGAGAAGAAAAUGGCUGUUUUAAUAUAUUUUUGUGACUUUCAA